AUGGCCCCAUCGCCUUGCGUCAUGAUGAAUCCUGUGCAGGGGUCGCCGUCUCGAGACGCCAAACAGCUUCAUCAGAAAGAGGACACGGACACGGAGGGCGAGGAGCUUCAGCCCAAAGACAUGACCACCGAAAAGGGAUUCAAACUCCAGCGGAGCAGCCUCCCGUUUAGCGUGGAGUCGUUGAUUUCCAAGAAGACCACCUGUCGGACUUCUUACUCCCCAUCAGAUUUAGCUCUGGUCCAGCCGAAACCCUCGGCCGGACAGGGCGCGCAGUUCUCUCCAAGGACUCUUUACGCGGAGAGGAAAGCGUCCGCGGAGAGUUCACAGGGUGUUUCCAGCAGCUCCAGCGAGGACAGCCCGCAGUUUUGUGAGAAAGAUCAGAGCACUUGGUUCCAGACAUCCUCCUUCUCCACUCCGCCGCGGAGCUCAAGUCCAACUCAGUGUACUCUACGGAAACACAAAAACAACAGGAAACCUCGCACGCCCUUCACUACCUCUCAGCUGCUCGCGCUGGAGCGCAAGUUCCGUCAGAAGCAGUACCUCUCCAUCGCCGAGAGAGCCGAGUUCUCCAACUCUCUCAAUCUGACGGAGACUCAGGUCAAAAUCUGGUUUCAGAACAGGAGAGCCAAAGCCAAGAGACUGCAGGAGGCCGAGCUGGAGAAGUUUAAGCUGGCCUCUAAGCCUGUCCUACCCGCAUUCGCGCUGCCGUUCCCCCUCGGAGCGCACAUGGGCUCUCCAACGACAUGGGGCCCGUCAAACGGCUUCCCGAGGCCCAGCCUCCCGGUUCCAGGACUGUUCAGUGGACCCGUCACUUAUGGGAUGUACUAUUUGUCCUAG